CAAAAGCAGUUUAUAAACAGACCAAUCACAGCAGGAAUCACAGCAAACACAAUGGCACAAGUGCUGCUACUGUUAUUAUUAUAUUGUGCCGUGCGUUUAUUUCUCGUCCCCAGACAAUGAAUGAGAAGAACCAGACGUGGGUCAGUGAGAUUGUUCUCUUGGGGUUUCAGAAUCUCCACAACUUCAAGCUUCCUUUGUUCUCUCUGUUUCUUCUGAUUUACAUUCUGACAGUUUGGGAGAAUGUCCUCAUCAUAGUGUUGGUGUCCUUCAGCCGGAACCUCCACUCCCCCAUGUACUUCUUUCUCCAGCAGUUGGCUCUAUCUGACCUACUGGGAUCCACAAAUAUUGUCCCCACCCUGCUCCAAACUGUAAUGAAUGAAGGAAAGACAAUUCCUCUUGUUAACUGUAUAACACAAUUGUAUUUUUUUGGUGUUUCAGAAGCCUUUGAGUGUUUGCUCCUAGCAGUAAUGGCCUAUGACAGAUACGUGGCCAUCUGCAUCCCCCUGAGAUACACUUGUAUAAUGUCCCACAGGGUUUGUGAGAUAUUAAUUCUAAUAUCAUGGCUCCUUUGCUUUGGCAUUACAGUGAUUACAGCGUAUCUAGUAGGGACCCUACAGUUUUGUGACCAAACUAUCAUUAAUCAUUUCUUCUGUGAUUUAUCUCCUCUGCUAGAACUUUCCUGCUCGGACACUUUCUUACUGCAAAUUGAUAUUUAUUUUCUAUCAGUCCCUUUGGUUUUUCUACCCUUUAUACUCAUCUCUGUAUCAUAUAUGUGUAUUGCCCAUGCAAUCCUAAAGAUAGUGUCCCAUACCGGGAGGCAAAAAGCCUUCUCCACCUGCAGCUCUCACUUGGCCGUUGUCUCCAUGCUUUAUGGGACAAUAAUUGCUAUUUACUUGUUUCCCUCGAUACAACAUUCUCCGGCCAGUAGCAAAGUUCUGUCUCUGCUGUACACAACAGUGAUUCCCGUGGGUAACCCCCUCAUUUACAGCUUGAGAAAUAAAGAUAUCAAAGAAGCCCUUAACAUUAAAUUAAAAAAACUAUGCAAAUAUACUAAUAUAUAAAAAUGGACAUUAAUAAAGUAAUGAUUCAGCUUUGGAUUAAGGAAUAUUAUUUUAUAAAGACAGAAGGAUUAUUUUAACAAAAACCAACUUCAUAUGAGUGGGGAGCAUUGGGUUAUCUCAGCUUUUACAUUAUACAUGUGUGUCGAGGGGGCGAGGCCAAGACGUUGAUGAGUCUGGACAUGUAGGAGAAAGCUCUGCUUUCUAAUACAAAAACCUUACCAGCCACACCCAAUACCCCAAAAAGUCCUCUAAAUCACCACCCAGAGAUGCCAUCCAAGGGAACAAGAAGUCACCACAGUCCGACUUGACCUUUAUUAGAUAAGUCCCAGCAUCCGCCAGCUAAAAAUCAAGAUGGAGCUGGUCACAGUUGUUAUCACGCACUCGCCUCUGGGUAGCAGUUCCAAAAUGGAGGAACCCCUACGAGCAGAAACACCAAUAACAGUGUGACCUUUGCCUAAAUUAAAGACUCUCUGCAUCCAGAUAUCAAUGAGGCUAUACAAUUAGUGCGUAUGGAUGUACAAAAUGUAGGACUCAGGGUGGUCUCUUUGGAACAAUGUGUAGAUGAGUUGCGUAACUCACAUAACCAGUACACAGAUUGUCUUCUUUGCUUCCUUAAACACUGCUGAUUUGGUAGUUAACCAGAUGCAUAAAAUGCCUAAAAAACCUUCCACCAGAAGUACCACGUAACACUAUUGGUAGGGUUCAUCUUUAUACAACCAAACAACUCCAAAUAUUGUUCCAAAUACCCAGGAUCAACAAACAGUUACUGACCCUUAAUAUAUUCAUGUACAUUUAUUGAUAGCAAUACCAAAAAAGCAACCACUUGAUUGGUCUACGGCAGGGGUGGCCAAAACAUCGAUCCCCCGUGGAUUUCUGGUGGACCGUGUCGAAGCCGAGAAAUGCGGAAGUGCAGCACAUUUAUUGGGUAUGCGUACGUACGUCGAAAGUAGAUCGCCGGGGAAAAAAGUCUGGCCACCCCUGGUCUAUGGUUUCUCCAAGGAGGGGCAAACAAAAACAAUGGCCUCUUGUUACCAGAAAAUGUUUUUUAUUCUUUUUAUAUCUACAACAGCUCUCAUUUACACUUCAUAUUGUUUCCCCAAUGGUUUAGGAGCGAUUUCUGCCUCCCAAUUGCUCCUUUUUAUUUUGAUAUAAACUGCCCAUUUGUACCCACAGCUUUAUAUAUAUAAAAGAGCAGGAAGUGGGCAGUUAGGUAUUUACAUUUAGUUUGAGUUAUUGGUUAGUACUUUCCUAUUGGCUGUUCUGCUUUUGUAUCUCUUCCUUCCUCUCAGGUCGGUACCAGGGUUUAUAUAUGACUUUAUGCAUUGUGACUAACACUUUACA